UGGGAACAAGAGCCUCCUCACUCAGUGCACGCUGAGGGCCUGGGGACAACACAACUGCAGGCACAGCGAGGAUGCAGGCGUCAUGUGCUCAGGUUGGCCCAAGGACUGCAGUGAGCUCUCUGCAGGCAGCCCCAGCGUCUACAUCAUCCAGCCCUCAGGGCUGCACCCCCUCGUGGUGUACUGCGAGAUGAACGUGACGGAUGGGGGCUGGACGGUCAUCCAGAGGAACAGCCACAACACAGACAUCACCUGGGCCGAGUCCUGGAGCGCCUACAAGUACGGCUUUGGGAACGUGCGCGGCGACUACUGGCUGGGCACCGAGUACAUCCACCAGAUCGCCAAGCAGAAGGUCUACCAGGUCAGGUUCGUCAUCUCAGACAACGCAGACAACGUCAAGUUUGCAGACUACAACCUCUUCAGCGUGGAGGACGAGGCCCAGGGCUACCGGCUGCGGCUGGGCUCCUACGCGGGCACAGCGGGGGAUGCCAUGGCUUUAGCCAAUUCCGCCACUGUGCACGACAACAUGAAGUUCUCUGCUAAGGACUUGGAUCAGGACACCAACAGCAGGAACUGUGCCUCCGCCAAUGGGGGCGGCUGGUGGUAUUCGUCCUGUUACUCCAUACGGCUCAAUUUCAAGGGCGGCUUGACGUGGAGCGGUCUGUGCAGCGGCAACUGCAAAGCUUCUGCCAUCCUCAUCAAACCAGCUACCUACUGCUAG